AUGGACACCAGAGGGGAAAAGGUACAUAAAAGGAUGGUGAUCUGCGGCAGUUGCGGGAGACUCGAAGAAGAAAAAGAAGAGAAGAGGCCCUGCAAGACAUCAUUGGAGCGAAAAGGAGUGUCGAGCCCUCGGAGUCGGGAGGUGGAGAGCUUGAGGGGGGCAGAGGUCUUGUCGGAAAGGCUCCAGUUCGAUGUUAAAAAGGGUGCAUGGCGGGGAGAAGGGCCAAACUCAGGGCCAAGGGACCAAGACUACCGCGGAGUAUUCAGUCCGCGGCGCAAUCAACCCGACGCCAGUGAUGAGCCCAUAACUGGCCCCGUGUCUGGAGCAAAAAAGAAAAAGAGGAGUACAGGGGAGCACAGACAAGCCUGCGCACAAGGCUAUACGUACCAGUCACCCUGCGCCUCCAGCACUCCAUCGAAUCGGGACAUGUCCCUGCCAUGGAACCAUGGCUCCUUCACCUGUAGUCCAAAGAUAGAGGGGAAGAGAAACCAAGAUAUGACUCGAAUCAAUGCUAAUGAAGGCGCCAGGGCCAAUAGUCACUGCCCAGGCGCAAUGUUGGCUGCUAUAGUGCGAUGCUCCCGCUUAUCUGGGGAAUAUCUCCGAUCUGAUGGCGUCUGGGGCGUUAUGACUGUUGGUGACCCUAUAGUGCACAACUGGAGAACUGAAGAUCCCAACACGAGCCGAAGGCCGAUCAUGCUUCAGGUAGAAAAUCACCUAAUAGUGCCAAUCGCGCUGCGAAUAGAGCAGAGCCAGCAGUAUGCGAAGAAUUGGCCCUUUGAGGGGAAGUUGCCGAUACGCGCAUUUAUGGUUCAAGUGGACCUUGGUUUGAAUCGUACGCGGGCACGCAACUAUUGCCGUGUCGAUCUCAAUCCGGCAGGAUCCUCUUGGGUGUGUGCUGGAUAUAGGCAUAAAUUUGUCGAUCAUGCCCAUGGUGUCGAUCCUCACAUAUUCUUUCGAGUCGAUCUUUUAUCGUACUCUCUCGUGAAGAAUUCAGCCGGAAGAAUCCUUUUAAAGUUCGGCUUCUUGCCCCUCCAAAAGCCUCCGUAUCCCCGGGUGUCGCGGUCAUUAACGACCGUGUCUGGCUUGAGUAAGAUUGCCCUUAUACUAAGGUAUGGUAUAUACCGUGGUGUCAUUUAA